AUGUCUGCCAAUGGUAGCUCAGAGACACGCUACAGGUCAGAGGUCAGCGGCACCAACAGCACCUGCUGCCACAAGGAGCUGUCCGUCACAGCUUCGGUCAUCUCCAUGACUGUAGGCAUCGGUUCCAACAGUGCCGCUCUCUUCAUCCUGCUCAAAUCCUACAAGCGCCUUCGCAUCAAGUCCAGGGCGUUCUUCCUGCUCUUUGCCAGCAGCUUGGUGGUCACAGACCUGCUGGGUCACCUCGUCAACGGCUCCCUGGUGCUUUUUGUCUACCGCUUUCAGAGGAAUUGGGAGACCUUUGACCCCCACAGCAUAGUGUGCAGCAUCUUUGGGGCCUGCAUGGUGUUCUUUGGUCUGAGCCCCUUGUUUCUGUCCAGUGCCAUGGCUGUGGAGCGCUUUAUCGGCGUCACCAAGCCCAUCUUCCACUCAACAGUGCUGUCCUCGCACCACAUUAAAAGGCUGCUGGGGCUCACCUGGCUGCUCGCUGUUCUUGUGGCUCUGCUGCCCGUGCUGCUGCAGAGACCCUAUGAGGUUCAAAGCUCCAGAAGCUGGUGCUUCUUCAACAUGGAUCAACCCAAAGACUGGCUGGAUGUGCUGCUGCCUCUCAUUUUCUCCGUUCUGGGGCUCGUGGCGCUGCUGCUCUCCAUCAUGUGCAACACGCUUACGAGUUGUGCUUUGUUGCUGGGGAGGCUGCGCAGUAAGCAGCGCUGCAGAGGCACCUCUUACCACGUAGAGAUGAUCUGCCAGCUGCUCGCUAUCAUGCUGGUGUCCUGCGUGUGCUGGGGGCCAUUACUGAUUCAUGUCAUCAUCCUGAGCAGCAGAGCCAAAGGAGAGUCCACGUGUUUCCGGCUGCUGACGAUGAUACGAAUGGCCACAUGGAACCAGAUCCUGGACCCGUGGGUCUACAUCCUCCUGAGGAAGGCUGUUCUGAGGAAAAUCUUCAUGUUGGUUCAUGGCUGUUGUGGCUCGAAGCUCCACAGCUUUCACCGCUGGCAGCGCAGCAUGCUGGGCAGCUCAGUGGAAACCAGCAAAUCGGACUGCUGCCACCAUGUUAGAAUAUCUCUGCCGGACAUCACCAUCCAAUCCAUCACCUGA